AUGUCGGCUGCCACAGAUAAGGCUCGAUUUUUCCUCGAGAAGUCUGUGCCUGAAUUAAAAGAUUUUGAGCGGAAGAAGAUCUUCAGCAAGGAUGAGAUUACAUCGAUUAUUAAGAAACGAUCCGAUUUCGAACACAAAUUGAAUGCGCGCGGCGCACAACCGGCCGACUUCGUGCGCUAUGUGGAAUAUGAGUUGAACCUCGAGAGCCUGCGAAAGAAGCGAGUGAAGCGGCUGGGAAUUCGCAAUGCGGGUUACAACGGGCAGCGUCGCAUUUUCUUCAUCCUGGACCGAGCUACUCGAAAAUUCCACGGUGACCUGAACCUCUGGAUCCAAUACAUCGACUACGCGCGGAAACAGAAGGCACACAAGAAACUUUCCUUGAUUCUGGCCGAUGCUCUACGUUUACACCCGACCAGCGCGGAGCUAUGGAUUUAUGCUGCAAAAUACGUUCUGGAUGACCAUGCGGAUAUGUCCCAAGCUCGGAGCUACAUGCAACGAGGCCUCCGGUUCUGCAAGAACACUCGGGCACUGUGGGUGCAGUACGCGAAGCUGGAGUUGAUUUACAUUGCCAAGCUCGUGGCUCGCCAGCGGAUAUUGGGCUUGGACGAAGCCAGCGAACGGCCCAAAAUUGCGGGACCUAGCUUGGACGACAACAACGCUGACAUGAUUGCCCUUCCUGAGGUCACCGAGGAGGACAUCAAUCCAACUGCCGAGGGAGAGGAGGGUGACGAAAAGGCUCUGGAGACGCUGAACGCGACCCCGGCUCUCAGCGGAGCCAUUCCUCUUGCGAUUUUCGAUUCUGCCAUGAGAAAUUUUAGCAAUGACGACCGGCUGGCCCGCGAGUUUUAUGACAUGGUGUCUGAAUUCGAGCAUAUCCCCUGUCUACGCCGGAUCCUGAACCAUGUGGUGGAGACAAUGCAGGUCCACCACGCCUCUAGCCCCCGGACACACAUCUGUUACAUCAAAACGCCCACUGUGGGAAUUCGUCCCACCUCUCCGGAGUUCCCGCGGGCGUUGGGCAGCUCCCUGAACCGCCUGAAGGAUUCGCAACCGUUGAGCCCCAGCCUCGCCCAGGAAAUUGUGAGCUGGCUUCAGCCGAUUGCCGAUACAGAGGACUUGGACCCCUCAUUGAAGAAGGUCAUAUUGUCAACGGUGCGGAGCGCGGAGCGAGCCGUCGGGCAGGAACCAAAAGCAUGA